UUCUUCUCAGACUGGUUUCUUUAUGUUCUUCUUUCUUCUCAUCCUUCGUCCUUAAAAACAUUCCAACAAACCUUCACUUUUGAAUUCUCAAAGCCAAAGCCUCAACUUGUUGAUCUUGGCCUUAGCUUUUAUAGUUGCUUCUUCUUCGUCUCUCUUUUUCCUCUUUCUGCAUUCUUUUCUUCCCUUACUCCAUCUGUGUCUACAUUUAUUUGCCUCAGUCUCUCUCUCUAUCUUCCCCUUUCCCCUUCUCUCUCCCUCUAUCUCUCUACCUUUCUCACUCUUUACUUUUUUCUGUUUGAAAAUGUUUAACAGAAAAAAUGUUCAAAAAAUUUUUCUUCAACUCAUUUCUCAAUGCUCUUGCAUUUGGAUGUAAUUAAAAUGACACUGUGCUAGCUUUGUGACAAAUUUUUGCUACCAAUUUUUUCAUUGUUUCAACAUUAUUCAACCUGUGUUCACAUUUUUUACCAAUAGUAAUGUUUGACAAUCCGUCUGACAGAGUUAUCAGCGUCAAUGGUGUAUCUCCAGAGUGUGAUUACAACACGGCUGUUCAGGUAUUACGAGAAUGUGGCAAUAAAGUCAAUUUAUUGAUUAAACGACGGCCUGUCCUGCCUGGCCAUGAUCUACACAAAGUGACGUUAACGAGAAAUAACAAUAAAGAUGAUUUUGGGAUAGUUUUGGGAUGUCAAUUAUAUAUCAAGGAGAUUUCAAAUCGUAGCUUAAUUGACAAGGAUUGUAACAUUGCCGAAGGUGACAUGGUAUUGAAAAUAAAUAAUACAAGCUGUGAAAAUUUGACUCUCAAAGAAGCAAAGAAAUUGAUAAACUCUUGUAAAGAUAAACUUAAUUUGGUUUUGAAACGCGAACAAAACAACAAUAACAAUGUCAAUCAUGCUUCUGAAUAUAAUGGACGUUUCAAUGGUCCAAUACCUAACAAUUAUAAAGAGAAUGGACUUAAUGGUGAUAUAAGUAAUCAAAGAUCGGAUUGGAGUAUCGGCAGGUUAGCUAGUCCUGCCGAGGACAGAAACGGUAGUAUGAAUCGAAUGCCACCAGUGAACAAUAGCUCUGGUCGACACCGAGGCCCUAUUACUGAUUUAUCUUUGACUCAAUUGGAUCCUAAUUCAUCUGUUAAUCCUGUGAUGAACAAUUUUCAUCCUGGAGGUGAUAAUAAUGGAGAUCUCAAUGAAAUGACCCCAUCCAGACCUUUAAUGUUCAGAUCUAAACAAGGAGCUUAUGGAGAGGAUGAAACUUUGAAUAUGCGACGAACUAACAUUUCAAGUGAACCUCGUUUAAUAUCUUUCAAGAAAGAAGGUUUUGUUGGUAUUAGAUUAACUGGUGGUAAUCAAGUUGGAAUAUUUGUUUGUGCCAUUAAACCUGGUAGUCCUGCCUCUUUAAAGGGUCUUCAAACGGGCGAUAAACUGUUGAAAGUCAAUGCCAAGGAAAUGCGAGGUUUAACGAAAGAAGAAGCUGUGAUUUUCCUGCUUAGUGUACAAGAUCAAGUUGACCUAAUUGUUCAAUAUUGUAAAGAAGAGUAUGAAGAGAUUCUUGCAACUCAAAAGGGAGAUUCUUUUUACGUGAGAACCCAUUUCAAGUAUGAUGGUUCCUCAAAAGGAGAAUUUGACUUUCAACGAGGAGAAAUUUUUCAUGUUAUAGAUACUCUUCAUAAUGGUGUUGUUGGUUCUUGGCUGGCUUUUCGUGUAAAUGGUAAAUCUGAUGUUCAGAAAGGAAUCAUUCCCAACCAGACCCGAGCAGAGGAAUUUGCCGCUACUCAGGUUAAUGACAGCAGAAAAAAGGAUGACACUUUAGGUAGCUCGUCUCGAGUAGGAUUUUUCCGUCGUAGAAGUGCUCGCCGAUCAAAAUCUUUGGAUAAAGUGGAGGAUAUUUUAUCUGAAGGAUAUAAGUUCCCUGCUUAUGAAAAGGUUUCUCUCAAACAUCCAGGCUUUAUUCGGCCUGUUGUAAUGUUUGGAGCUCUUUCGGAUAUAGCGAGAGACAAAUUGUUGAAAGAUUAUCCUGAUAAAUAUGCUUCACCUCAAAUGGAGGAUACCGAGGAUCCAGAUAGUCAAUGCAAAAGCCAGAAAUCACUUGGAAUUGUUCGAUUGAGUGCCAUAAAGGAAAUAAUUGAAAAAGGAAAACAUGCUCUACUUGAUGUCACUCCUACUGCCGUAGAUCGUCUUAAUUAUGCACAAUUUUCGCCUAUUGUAAUAUUUUUGAGAGCAGAGAAUAAGUCAGUUGUGAAAGAAUUGCGGUCCCGACACGCUAAACCAAGUCAAAAAAGUUCACGUAAAUUGUAUGAAUCUUCUGUUAAACUGGAAAAAAUGUAUGGUCAUUUGUUUACCUCAGUAAUCAACUUGGGAACUGCUGAGAUGUGGUACAAAAAGUUACGUGAAACAAUUGAAAAACAGCAACAAAUCAACAUUUGGAUUAGUGAUUCCAAGCCUCCAGAGACUAUUACAGAUGACUUUUUGUUACCAAUGACUUCUCGGUUAAGCUAUGCUUCAUCUCCUGAAAGUGAUCUUGAUUUAGCCAACGAAUCAAAAGGAAGAAAAGAAGAUGCUUGUGGACCUUCUAGAUUAGCUAAAGCAUCAAGUGACCGUUCUAUAGCAACAGUAGAAAAGCCCAAUGUUUUCGGUCCCCCGCCAUAUAAUUCACGAUCUCAUCGUCAAGAUCUAAAUCAAUCCAUGCAGCAACCUGGUUACAGCAAGAAAAAAGAAGCCCUCGAAAGGGAUGAGUAUUUUGCCAGCAUGAAAGAUCCUUACAAUGCAUUAUAUCCCAAUGAAAGGUAUCCAAACAGUAGCGUCCCAGUUUCCAACGGUAACACCAUUAUGGCUGAUAUUCAACCAAUUUAUAUGCGAACGUCUGGCCAUCCUGCCACAAAUGGUCAUGAGCCCCCUCCACGAAUUGACCGUGCCAAUAAACCUAAUCGUUUCCGAAAUGCUCAUGAAGCAUUAUUUGGAAUCUCUGAUCGUGAUGCUAAUAAUCCUCCAGAUUAUAUCAAUACCACAAUUGCCGAAACGUUUCCUCCAACUAAUGGUGGAACCAAAAAUAGCUCCUUGGACAGGCAUUCAGCCUUGGUCAAUGGUCGAAGUAGUUUGAUUGAUAACUCAUCGUACAGCAGUGAUUCUUACAAAUAUAUUAGUCCUACCAGUACUUUCGAUGAUAGAAGAUAUGGUUCUAUCGCUUCAGCCAAUUCAACUUUAAACACUAAUCCAAGACAAAAUCAUGAUACUUACAUGUAUGCUCGUAAUCCUAAACAACAAGUUAAUGGUUCACCCAAAUCAAUGGAUCCUGAUUCCAUGAAAGUCAUACCAAAUUUAAUUGGUAACACAUAUCCAGGAGAUAAUUAUAGACAAACGCCUCCAUCUCCUCCUCCUAAACCAUCCAAUUAUCAAACACUACGGAUGAAUGAUGGAAGACCUGUGCCUCCUCCAAAACCAAUGCAUUACCAGCAGACUAGAUCAGGUUGGAGACCGGAAUCGGAUAAAGAUCAAAUUAACAACAAUUCAUUUCAAUUAUUGAAAAGAUCAAACUCAUCGGCGAUAGAUAUGUCUGGUGGGCCUCCCGCUUACUUUCCACCCACACAGGACCAACCUCCAAACACGCGAGCUCCCGAAGUGCCAACUGCUUCUUAUGUAAAUCAUUCAUCUUUAAGUUCACCUACAAGAAGGGCUCCAUGUUCAAAUACUGAUAGUGGCUAUAUGACUGGCAAAAACAAUUAUGACCUUAGAUCACCUUAUUCUGCAAAUAAAUCUUCCCGUUCAUCGUCAAUGUUUAAUGGAAACAAUGCCUAUUUAAAUAUUCCCUUUCCCCCAAGAAAUCGUGACUCGAUUGCCUGUUCUGGAAACGGGCAAAUUAAUAAUGUAAAUUCUGGACUACCUUCAACCCCUCAACAAGUUCAAACUCCCUCAAGCCUUAUUGACCUUUCCUCUAAUCGUGAAAAUCGAGGAAGUGCCUUCGAAUUGUACCGAAAACCUGGAGACUCUUUAAAUCGAACUGGUUAUCCUCUCCAUAGUUUACCUUCUCCUCCACCUUUAAUACCUGACCAUGAAGUAAAAGCAAGCCCAUCUUUGUCCGUUGACAGUAAUCAACAUGUAUUAGCCAUUGCCAAAGGAAUAUUUGACCAUAAAGGAGGAACCCUACACUGUGAUGAAACCGGAGUUACCUUAAUCAUUCCUGAAGGAGCAAUCCCUAUGAAUGUUCAACAAGAGUUAUAUUUCAAAGUUUGCCAUGAUACAAAUAUGCUUCCACCUCUCGAUAAAGAUAAAGAUGAAACUCUAUUAAGUCCCAUAGUCAUGUGUGGACCUCAUGGAAUCAAAUUUAACGUGCCAGUUGAAUUGAGGUUACCUCAUUGUACAUCAUUAAAUCCCGAAACAGCUACAUUUUCACUGAAAUUAAGUGACACUCCAAACGGUAAACCAACUGAAUGGCAAAACAUCAAUUUUGGAACCAACGAAUGGAUAUCAGCCAGUAACAUGGACAAAAAUUAUCUCACAGUUCUCCUUGAUCAUUUUUAGUCAUCAUCAAAUUGUCUAUGCAAUCCCAAUCCACAAAAUUCGGAAACAAUUUUUUUUUCUAUUUUCAUAUUGUAUACAAUAAUUAAUUCAAUUUUAUAAUCAACUUGCCUAAGAAACAUGUUUUUUUGUAAUUUGCUUUUGCUCAUAUUUUUCAAUUUCAAGAUACAAUGUAAUUUUGAUGAUAACUGUUGACAUUAAAUUGCAAUUUCGCCAUUGCAUUUAUCUGUAU